AUGGGCCACAGUCAAUCAUACGAUCUUCGGAAUCCGGAAACCGGAGAGAAAACUCCGGUGAGAGGAGUACGAAGAGUGAGUCGUGAACACCAGACUGAUGGGCAGUUGUCGACAGAGAGUGCAGAGCCGUAUGAUUAUCGAGAGGAAGAGCUUCGUGAACGGAUUCGUAAGGAGCAACUAGAAAAAAGAGAGAAAGAGCUGGGAACGAUGAGAAUCAGUAAACAUGAGACUCGAGAGCCCAUCAUCGACGCCUAUCGUUCCAGUCAUUCUCCACAACAGGCUGUCUACAACGAAUUCAAUCACUACGAUUCUUUGAAACAUCCAUCUCCGGCUCACCCGAACACAUAUCUCACACUGAAUAGAAGAGCUGAAAUCAACGAGGGACGUCGAGUGUCUAUUCCAACUGCUACCACUCGCUACGAUCAAGUUCCAAUUGAUCCGUCCCCACAACUGCCACGUCGUCAUGAGAUUCCAGUGACAACUUCUGAUCAUCCAUAUCGUGAAAUUCCAAUUCGUCAGGAGACUCCAGACUAUCCAAAUCGCACUUCUGUCUACAACGGCAGACUCUCCCCAUUGCCACGUCAAGAGGAAGUCGAUCCACACCCGAUGCCACGUUACAUUCCACCAAUGAGCCCGAGGUAUGAUCGAAUUCCCAAUGGGACCCACUAUUCUAAAACUACCAAAACAACCACCUAUACCAUUUCUCGUGGAGGUAUCCCCAAGUAUGAAGAGGUACCUGUUCCAGAUCCCGUAGUUCUACGAAAACAUGUUCCCAUUAGCCCCAAACCAAAACCAUACUACUACUCAAGCACAUCUAACAUUCCAAAGUAUGAUGAGGUUCCCGAUAGUCCAAGAAACUCUGUUAGACCUAGGCCAGCAUCCACUUAUUCUUACGCUUCCCCUCUUCCCAAGUAUACUGAUGUUCCUAUUAGUCCUAAACCCUCUUCUACUUAUUCCAAAGCUUCCAAACUUCCGAAAUACAACGAAAUCCCGACGAGAUACUCUAGAAGUACUGAAGUCUACAAAGAGACUCUCAUCAAUCCGAGUGGAUAUCAUACUGUCUCUCAAUCUUCCAAACUUCCAAAGUAUGAUGAAGUGCCUAGAAGCACCCUGUAUUCCAGGGCUUCCAGUUCUUCAAAAUAUGAGGAAACCCCUAGAAGUCCUAGUCUCCAUAGUCUUCGUAUUCGAACUUAUGAUGAAGUUCCAAUCCAGACAAGUCCUCGUUCAAUAACCCCCGUCUACGUCCCUCCAUCUAACCGUGUCCGUAUUGUUCCAGUCCAAACUUCCCCUCCAGUUCCCAAACCAAAAAUCCACUUGACCUCUCUUCAACCAGAAGUUUCCAAGGUGCCGUUGAAUCAGUCUGUUCAUAAAACUGUCUACCGUACUCAUGCGAUUCCAGUCAGAGUUGAAUCCGAGUCCUCUCGUUCUGAAAGUCCUGCAAAUGUUGUCUACUCGUUCUCUUCCUCGAAACAGAAAGUUCAAAGUCCUCCGUCUUCCGUAAUGUCCCAAGAAACUCCGAUCUACCGUACUGUUGUCAAGCAGCAAGCUUCUUCUCCAAAAACAUUCAAAAUUAAUUCUACUCAAACAGGGAAAGAAGUUUCCCGAAAUCAGUCUGUUGACCGUCAUAGAUCUCAACCAAUGGACAAAAUCACUAUGACUUCAGUCUACCGUACGGCUGUUGUGAAGAAAAAUAUUUCACCACCAAGUGAUCCGAAACCUUCACCUCGAAGAGUUGAGAAAAUGUAUGUAACGAAGUUGCAGAAGGACAUUCGUUGGGUUCCAUUGAGCCAAUAUGUCUUCCGACCCAUCUACAGCAGUAGUUCGGAUGACGACGCAUCGGUUGUUUCCGUCACCCCCAUCCACUCCCCCUCUCCGCCUCGAACUCCAUCUCCGAAACUUUAUCUGACUACUCGUGAGAAGGAAGUUUCACAAGUUCCGCUGUCCAGAUAUGUCAAUCGACGACCACCGUACGAUGUCCCGCCAUCUCCAGUUGAAAGAAUCGUCGUUCCAGUCACUAAAUCCACUCCAACACCACCUCCUCCAACUCCACCAAAGAUUUACUUGACUAGACUCCAUCCAGAAGUUCCGAAGACUCCUCUAGACGAUCACGUGGCUAGACCAAUUCGUAGAACCCCAAUCUACAGUACCCCUCCAUCUCCAGUGAGUCGUACUGUUGUGAGUCCUCAAUCAAGUCCAUCGCCAACACCUCCCAAAAUCUACUUGACCAAGCUUCAUCCAGAAAUUCCGAGAUGUCCACUAGAUGAUCAUGUGGCGAGACCAAUUCGAGAUAUCUACAGUAAUCCUCCUUCUCCUGUAGCCGCACCAACCACUUUGACUCCCAGCCCACCUCCAACUCCACCAAAGAUUCAUAUGACUCGUCGUGAUUCUGACAUCAGAAAGACUCCGCUGGGUCAUUAUGUGGGAAGCGAGCCGUACUACGGUCCUCAGUUUGUGAAAGAUAAACAGUCUGCUCCACCACCACCAAGCGUGGAACUCAUGGGCUAUGAGUCGGAUCUUCGGAAAACUCCUUUGGAAAACUAUGUGAAUCGUACUAAGUCUUACAGUCCGACUCCAUCGGAUGUUACUAUUGUCUCGAGGCAGACCCCUCCGCCACCACAGAAAAUUCACCGAACUGCUCUGGAAAAGGAGGUUCGGAAGACUCCAAUAGGUCACUAUGUGAAUAGAGAUCCAGUUCAGAAGACACCCGAACCAACCCGUAAUGUCGUUUCGCCAAUAACCUCCAGACACCAUUCGUGCUCUCGACAACUUCAUUUUACUUCUCUUGAGAAGGAAGCUCGCGGAACUCCACUAGGUCACUAUGUGAAAAAAGAACCAAUCUACAGUACUCCUGAACCAAUAAUCAUUGGGAAGACUGCCAGUCCAGUGUACGCUAAAUCAAAUAACAGUACACUCGUAGUCUCUCGUACAGUGACCCCGAUUUCUCGUACCAAUAGUCAAGUUUCUAGUCAUAGAUCUAGUCCUAUCUUGCUCUCAAAACAUCCACUAACUCGUCGUGAUUCUGAUAUUUCAUCCCACCCUCUUGAACGUUUCGUGUCCCGUUCAGUCACUCCCAUCUCGGUUGAAAAUUCUCUUCCAGUAGAGAAACCGAGAAGAUCUUUGGAUUACAAUUCAAAAUCUUCUACCAAGAUGCCAGCAAGACUUCAUCUCACAAAACGUCAUGAAGAAGUUCCCCGAGUUCCUUUGGCUGCAAAACCAAGUAUUUCCACUCACAGAUCCCCAGUUUAUGACCAAGUUCCCCUUUCUAUUGGUACCCAAACUCUUCCUUAUGAGCCCGUCAUGUCUCCUAAAUCUAGACGUCGCUAUACUAGAGUUGGAAGUGAAGUUUCAGUUGCCCCCUGUUGUCUCAGACCUGUCUAUACUCGCCCCUCUACCAUAAUCUCUAUCUACAGUGUCCCCAUCGCUGAGUCUCCAACACAUCUUUCCGAGAUUCACGCUGAGAAACGAAUGAUUGUCGGAAUCGAUGAGAUGCAGAAACCAGAGAAUGUCACCUACGUCACAGUUGCCACGUCAUCGAUUCAUGGUUCUGAAGAGCCACUUCAUCGUCACCCGGAAGUUGGAAGACAUCCAGUUUAUGUUGUUCCAAGUCAAUAUUGCUACGAGAGAGUACCACUUGCUACGAAAAGCAAGCAGACUCACAGUUCGAGAAGAUCUUCAGAAGACGUAGCAAAGAUUCUGACGCCACCUCAAAGAUGCAAUGUGGAGAACUGCACUCAUGUCGAGGUUCACGAUGAGACUCCAGUUGUUGCAAGAAGAAGAAUUAGUCAAGAUGUAGUCAGGGAUAAGGAGAAUCGUCUUAACAUUUUCGUCAACGAAAAUGACCUGGAGAAUGUCGUUGAACUCGCCAGUGAUGGUGAUUCCGACUCGAUUGCUUCUUUGGAAAGGACGAAGGAUUCAUUCGAGAGACUUCACUACGACGCCUACAUGCCAACGCUUUCAUUGCGCCAUCGCCCGAUGGUCAGCUUUUAUGACAAGCUUCCUUAA